CGAAUAUUAUCUGACGUUAUCUGGUAUAAACAGUCCGAACCAAAUGGAAGUGCUGAUUAAGGAGUUUCUAAUAUUUCAAUUGCAUCAAGUUCAGUAAAUUCUCAGUACGAACUGUAUCAGGAAGAUAAAAUCAUUUAUAAGUGAUGAUAAACGGUUUACUUCGCAGAUAAUGGUGGAUUUUAAAAUUGUUGCUGAAACCUUCUCAAAGUAAAACAACUGUAUAAUUCACAGUAAAAUGGGAAAUGUGCUGCGAAAGUCAGAAAUUAAUGAACCACAUGGAGAGGCUGAUCGGAAAAAAAAUAUUGGAAAGGAUCCAUUACAAAAUACUCAGCUACACGGUUACCCCAAAAGAAAAGCUUCCAGUGAAAAAGAAGCAAAUCAAAUAUGUAAUGCUAGUCGUUCAGCAGCGUCUGUUAGAAAAGAGUCCACUUCUCUUGUAAACAGUCAUCAAAAAUCUACAAAGGAAAAUAUGACCAAAAAAAAAUCAGAUACCAACAGUGAUACUCUCAUCGAUUUACAACAAAUUUGUACCAGAUUGAAUUCUGUCAAAAGAAGUAUGAAAAAUAACAAUUUGACUACUGCACAGAGGAAUGAAAUAGACAAAACACUGGAAUUAUCUGAGAGUUUGAUUCAAGAAAUUCGUCAUUCUAUGUAUGCAUGUACCCUAUCAAAUUCAAAUGUUUCUGAGUCAAUCCAAUCUACAAACGUUCCCACUGAAUUGGAACAUCUGAUAAAUAAAAAAGUAGUUCUCAAUGGCGAACUGAAAGAGAUAAAGCAUAAAAUAAUCAUUUUGGAGAAAUCUUCUGUGAAGUGUUAUGAAUCACAAGACCAUGACUCGUAUAAAAUGAUUCGGAAAAUAUGUUCACUUUUCCAGAAAUGUCUGCCGGAAAACAAAGCAAUAGGAGCGACUGAACGAAAAGAUAUAUUGAAAAAAAUUUCUGAAAUAUCAGAAAGAUUGGAAAAAAAAUUUGAUCAGCAAAAAAUUGAAAAUAAAAAUUCAGAUCAGAAUCAAAUAGUGAAAGUGGAUUAUGUUGAAACUGAUGGAAGCAGUUUUUGUCAGAAUUUUUCGAAAUUGUCAAUAAAACCUAUAGAGAGUGAAAUAGUUCAAUGUGAUAUCAACAAUCGUUGUGAAGAUAAAUGGAAUGAAAAGAAAUCAAACGAAGAUGAAAGGAUGCAAAAUGCAAAUGAAUAUGAGAAUGGGUGUAUGGCUGAUCAAAAAUAUGAUCCCAAAUUUUGUGAACUAGAUGAAAUGUCAAACAAACUUGAAGAUAGUAACAAUGUAAGAAGAAGUAUACAUAAGAAAAAAGAAACUGUAAUCAAAGAGCAACCUCAAGAUUCAGAUCAUUCUGCUGAAAAAAGUUCUGAUUUCAAAAUCAGAAAUGGAAAUCAACAAGAAGUAUCUGAUUCUCAAAGUGAACACAAAGUCACUCAAGAAGCAAUUUCAAUCAGAGAAGUAGGUCUUGAUCAAUUGAAAGAAUCAAAUUAUAUCGACACUGAUCAAAAUAAUCUAAAUAAAGUGUUCUCUGAAUCAGAGUCAAGUUCUGUAGAAGUUGAGAUACUCUCAAAAGUUGAGCAAAUCAGUUGCCGCAGAAACAAAACAAGCAAUGAAAUGAAAUUGAAACAAAUUGAAAAGAGACGAGAUGAAAUCAAAUCCGAAAUCGAUUCUUUCAUAGGAAUACCUACUGAUCCAAAAUUCUACGAAUUGAAAGAAUAUUCCGUCCGUUUACUUUUGGAGAUGGAUGAGUUGUCUUUUCCGAAAGGCAGUGAACUGCACAGUCGAAAAAGAGAACUUCUCCAAGAAGUAUACAAAUAUACCGAUAUUCUGGAAAAGAAAGCAGAAAUGUUCCGAUUUGUGAAAACUAUAGAAGAUCACAUCCGUUACUUCAUUGAAAAUUUUGAUCAAUUUAAAAUAUCAAGAGAUGAUUUGAAGGGUAUAGGAAAAAAAUUGAAUCAUUUCAAAUCGGAACUGGACAAAUUAGAUCCGGAAAAGAAUUUGGAAGAUAGGAAACAAAGAUGCAUUGAACAGAUAAAUAGCUUGAAUAAGGCUGUAUGUGAAGAAUAUCGGAAAAUUCGUGCUUUGGACCUUACGAGUUUGGAAAAUAUAGAAGAUCGCAUCAGUUACUUCAAUAGAAAUUUCGAUCCAUUGGAAAAAUCAGAAGAAAAUUUGAAGAAGGUAGAAAAUACAUUGAAUUAUUUCGAAUCUGUCUUGAACAAAUUAGAUCCAGAAAAUUAUUUGGGAGAUAGAAAACGAAGAUGCAUUGAACAAAUAAAUAACUUGAAGAAGAAUGUGGGUGAAGAAUAUAGGAAAAUGCGUGCUUUGGAACUGACGAGUGAGACAAAAAAUAUUGAUACAGAUGAAAUUGUGGUGCAUGUAGAUAAAAAACAGAAUUUGUCGGAAACUUUGUCAAAUGAAACAAACGAGCCCAUCUACAGUGCUGACACAAAAUUAUCUAAUGAAAUUCAUUCAGGGUCGCAGCAGUGCCAUCUUACUGAAAAUGAGUUGAAUGAAACCAUUCAAACAAUGGAUACAAUAUCUAUUGAAAAUCAGCUAGGGAAAUUCCCAAGCAGAACUGAACAAGAACACGUUCAGAAUGUCUCCAAAGUUGAGGUUAGCCACUCCAAUCCCUCAUAUCAAGUAUUUGAUGUCAGGGAGACACAUUCAAUUGAAAAUGUAGAAAUAAAUGCAUCGAAUACAUCUGAAGUUGUUGAUAAUCCCUCAGUAGAAAUUCUCACUGAAGUAGAAAAAGAGGCUACUGAAGCUAUUUCAAAAAUCCGCUUAUUCGAUGAGUACGACGCUAGAGAGGAUUAUCGAUUGAUGACAGAUUUUCUGUUGAAUCUAUCAAAAAAAUUGGAGCAAGUCAAAAUUGACAAUAUCGAAUCCGAUAAAAGAAUAAAUGAAUUGAAAUGUUCUAUACAGAAUGUAAUCAUUUAUGUGGAACAAGAAAUGUCAGCACUGAUGAACAUUAGCUUUAUAGAAAGUGAAUUAUGGCGACAUUUCGAAAAUAUUGAUAGUAUUACAGGGGAAAAUAUAAAUGAAAUAAGAGAUUAUGUGCUAUAUUUAUCGGAUUUACUUUGGAAAAUUACUUGCCAAAACAAUGAUGGUCGUCGAAGAAUAAUGAAGUGUUACAAUGAUAUUCAGUUUUUUUUUGAAGAAAUUGAUAGAAAAACACAAAUACUAUAUCAAAGCAUCGAAACCUGAGUGAAAUUGAUUCCUAUUGAAAAACACCACCUUCAUUAAUCUUAUGUUACCACCUGAAGUUGAACUUUAUAACAUUUCAGUCACUAUUUGAAAUAAGAAUAUUUGUUUGUUAACCACUAUAUUUCAGCCACUCCCAAUAAACUUCAAAUAACAAAAUCAA